CAGCGCCGAGAUUUAGCGACCCCCCAUUACAGACAACAACCCCACCAUCAUUCUGGUUGCAUCAUUGCUUGCAUCUUCUGCAUUCGUCCUUUUCCUACUUGCCACAUACGCCAACUAUUAGGUUUCACGUUUGUCGUGAAAGAAUAUUCCGGUACCAAGAAAAAGACAGUCAAAAUGUCCAGUCGACAGCUGCGCAAGCUCCAGCGCCAGAGAGAACUUGAACAGCUUCAAGCCCCAAGCCCCGCCAACAAGAGCGAAGACGAGAGCGAAGAUGACGCGCCUGUGCAGAGGACAAAGCGUGCCGCCUUCUCAGCAUUCGCUGCUCUAGGAGGGCAAGACAACAAUAAUGAUGAAGAUGAAGACAACGACGACAGGAAAUCCGAGUCCACCGAGGCCCCGUCGCAUCCUGCCGAAAGCGCGACCUUCGCAGCGCCCUCGAGUAAAAGCAAAAAGAAAAAGAAGAAGGGAAAGAAAUCUAAAGCAGCCACGAAAUCAUCUGAACAACAACAUACUCCUAUAAGCGCCGGCGAUGAAAUCGACGAAGCCCUUCGAGAAUUGAACCUAUCGAAUAAGAAAUCUAGCGCAUCAGCUGGUUCGCAAACUGACAGAACGCGAUCGAUAGCAUAUGAGCGGAUCUGCGAGCUUCUGCGUAUCAACACCCACCAUUUGAAGGUUGUGAAUGAGAUGCGUAAUCUCUUCGGCCGCGAUGCGAUCGCCGCCGCUAUGAACGAGGAAAAUGAAGAACGCACACGCACGCAGCGAACGAGGCACAUGCAGCAGCAAGUCGACCUAGAGACCUUCCUUAAGGGGCAGCCUGGUAAGACCUUGCCUGAGGUUACGCUUCGUAGGAACCCAUUCUUGCCAGGGAAAGAUACAUGGCCGCGCGCUUCCACAGGCGGCCUUAUUAUGGAACAAAUCAAAGACACGGCAUCCACAGAUAAAUCCAUACCCGGAACAGUCGAGUUCGCAUUUGCACACCUCCCAGGCUAUAACAGCUUAGAGCAACAAUUCUUUCAACUGGUUCAAAUGUUGGACCCAAUGCAGCUUGUACACUUUUUAUAUGGUCAUCCAUACCAUAUUUCUACACUAAUACAGGUCAGCAAGGUUGCCAAGCAAGAUCAGAACUCGGCACUUUCAGCUGAUCUAUGCGAACGAGCUUUGUUCACAUUUGGGCGUGUAGCUCUGUCUGGUUUCCGACAGAAAAUGGAAGAGGGCAAAGCUCGGCUUGACUUCAGGCGACCAGAAAACAGGCAAUUCUGGCUCGCCGGUUAUCAUUAUCUGAAAAAUUUAGCUAUGAAGGGGACAUACAGAACUGCCUUGGAGUGGGCCAAGCUGCUAUUCAGUAUGGAUUUAAACGACCCUUACGGCAUGAUACACUUUAUUCAUCCUAUGGCUAUUCGAGCCCACGAAUCCAAAUGGUUCAUUGAUUUCUGCGACUCGGAAAUUUUGGACAACUUCGAUACGGCGCAGGACUAUGUUCGACAGACGUUAGUGCUAGCUAGGCUACAACAAAAAGAUACGGCUGGUGCCAAGGCACUCCUAAUCGAAGGCAUGGAGCGGCUCCCGUGGCUUUAUAGCAGCCUGUACAAGGCACUCAACCUAGAUGUGCCCAAAGCGAUCUGGGGUAUGCAACCGCGCGAUGGCCACGAGGAACUCUUCGUGGAGCUAUAUAUAUACCAAACGAAGAGCUUGUGGGACAACGCUCAGGCGACAGGCUUAUUAAAAGAAGCAGCUCAUGAGGCAAAGAAGCCGAAUUUCCAGACUUUCGGGUUCCCACCUGUGGCCGGGCGGAACGUUGCUAGGUUUGUUUAUUUGGAUAACACGCCGUCCCUGAUGGGCCACGUUCCGGGGGGCUUGCUUAGCACAACGCCCAACUGGGAGUUCGAUCCCAUCCCGCCACCAAAAGACGAGAAUAUCUUUUCGUACAAAUCUCAACAACGCCCGUGGGAGUCUAAUCAGGAUGGCCUACGUGGUUUCGAUAUUCCACAAGAUGUGCUGGCAUUGCGCCAGCUUCUUAACCAAGUUAGGCAUAGGGGCGCACCGCCGGAAUUUGACGCCAUAAUUGAAGAAGCAAUGGCCGAAGUUAAUAAUCUCCAGCGUGCUAAUAAUGAGGGUGAUGAUCACGAAAGCGAUGAAGAGGGCGACGCCGAGCCCCGCCAACGCGUUGCGCCCGGUCUCGUCCAAGCGCUGAUGGGUCUAUUCAAUAUCAGGGCACCGGGAGCCGAAGGCGAAAAUGAAGUAGAUAAUGAACCUAACCAUGAUCGUUGGGACCUAGCUGAAUCUGAAUUGGAAAACAGGAUGCCGGGCGCAUGGGGAAGUGAUUCGGAGGACGGGAUGCCGGCGUUGCGUGUACACAACGCGGACGAUGCCGAGGGAGACGCGAGUGAUGACGAAAUGCCAGCUCUAGAACGCCCGACGUAGAUAGUUUUAAACAUUAAGUAUUGAGUAGUAACAUGGUCUACCUAGUUUACCGUACAAUUCAAAGGAUGUGAAGUGCAUGAAAUAGAU